UUUAGUGUUUUGGGUGUCAUUUUCUCAUCAUGCUGUCUUUCCUGCUGCUCCUCACAGUCACAUUGUCUGUGGAGUCUCAAAAGAUUCCAGGUGAACAGAAGAAUGAUUCCUGCGUGUGCAAGUUAAGCAGCUCCAUUUGGGCUUUUCCUGCUGUGAGGUUUGAAAAAGCCAUGAAGCAACUUCAGACCUGCGAGGAAAACCUUACAGAGUUCCAGAAAAGAAUCAGAGAUGUGGAGCUGCCAAAGAUGAAGCUCACUCUAAAGAACAUUAAAAGCCGGCAGAAACGCUCUGAUUUUGCUAACAGGAAUGACCUAUACAAAAGCCUUCACCUGCAGGAGCUGAUAUUGGAGCUGGAGGAGAUCUACAAUACUGCCACUGAAGUGCACAAGAAAAACCCCAGCAAAACCACUAAUGACCUUCUCAAGGAGCUGACCAAGGCAAGGAAGGACGUCCAAAACAUGUACAAAAGCAAUGUCUUCAAUCUAGAGACGAUGCAAAAGAGGCUCCGUGACCUCAACAACAGAGUGCAGAGCUGUAAAACUAUACCCGAAGAUUUCAGAAGUACUUGUCAUCAGCGUAUCAUGUCCAGAAUAAGUUCUCCAGUUGUCACCAAGCUCAAUUCCAUCAGCAAGUCGUAUAUUUCAGGAGCCUGGGGUAGAGAUGCCAAACCCAACAGUAAGGAGCGUUAUUGGGAACACUGUUUGGUUAGUGGACACAAGUAUGGAAACACAUUCAGAAUGUACAACUCGUAUGAAGAUUUCAUGGGCAGCAAGAACUACAAAGAUGAAUAUGUUGCAUCAUCGUACAGUCAUACCAAUGCUGUUCAGGGUUCUGGCACUAUACUGUAUGACAAUACUGUGUUUUACCAAUGCUAUGGCAAAGCUGAAAUCUGCAGCUUCAAUAUUACAACUCAGAAAACCAAGCGUAUGAAACUGGAUGAUGCCGGCAUCGAAAACACGUUCCCGUUCUGCUACUACAGCUGUCGUGAUUGGACAGACAUCGACCUGGAGGCUGACAGAGAUGCAGUGUGGGUGAUUUACGCCACCAUGGAGAAUCAUGGGAACAUCGUGUUGAGUCGCUUAGACCCGGUGGAGCUCAAUAUCACACACACAUUUAAGACGCAUCUCUUUAAGAGGUCAGUCAGCAGCACGUUUAUGGUGUGUGGAGUCCUUUAUGCAACACGUUUUGUUAAUACUUAUCAAGAGGAAGUGUUUUAUGCUUUUGAUACAACCACUGGUCAAGAGAUAAACUCUCUUUCUUUGCCUUUUGAGAAGGUUUCUGCUGGAAUAGCCAACCUGAACUACAAUCCUGUUGACAGGAAGCUGUACAUGUAUAAUGAUGGCUAUCUGCUAGCAUAUAACACCUUCAACUGAGGGUUGUUCUUAAGCAGCUGAGGGGGAAAAUAUGCAUUGCCACUAAGUUUGUAGUUAGUCAUGUCAGUUUGAAUUGCACAGCAUGCAGAAAUACAUGCACAGUGAUUUAACAAAAUGGCUCUGCUAUAUCAUUAUGUAACUGUGUCUGAGUGAGAUGAAUAAUUUUGUCAUUUUCAUCGCAAUAAAUCUGCAGAGAACACUUGU